UCUUAACAAACAAAACACCUUUGUGAUUGUGAAAUGUGAAUUAAACGCUCUCUCUCUCUCUCUCUCUCUCUCUCUCUCUUUCAUGGCUGAAAAACUGGCUCUCCCUCUUCUCCUCCCAACGCCACCGCCACCCGCAAAGCCCCUCUUUCCUAAUCCCAACACUCUACAACACAUCAUUUUCAAUGAAAAUUCAUCUUCUUCUCCGCCCUCCAACCACCGCCUCUCUUCACAAGGCCACCAAAUUCUCCAAACCCUAAUCGACCCUUCCUUCGAUUCCAACCGCUUCGACGAGGUUUUACCCCACCUAUUCGAACAACACACUUCUUCUCCCCUUUCCUGGGACAUUCUCGCUAUCAUUAAGGGUUUAGGGUUUAACAACAAAUUCGACCUCGCUCUAUCCGUCUUCGACUGGGUUCGAAGUCGCCACGACUGCGUUUCGCUUCUCCAUGGUUCUGUUAUCGCCGUCAUUGUUAGCAUUCUCGGUAGAAUGGGUAGGGUUUCGCAUGCGGCUUCGUUGCUGCACAAUUUAGAGUCCGAAGGGGUAGAGAUAGACGUGUAUGGCUACACUUCUCUGAUAACUGCUUAUGCUAAUAAUAAGAGGUACAAGGAAGCUUUGAAGGUUUUUAGCAAGAUGAAGGAAGUGGGGUGUGAACCUAACUUAAUUACUUUUAAUGCUGUUUUGAACGUUUAUGGUAAAAUGGGCAUGCCUUGGACUAAGAUUAUUGCUCUUGUUCAGGACAUGAAAAGCCAUGGGCUUGCCCCGGAUUUAUGCACUUAUAAUACGCUUAUAAGUUGUUGUAGGGCAGGUUCUCUGUAUGAAGAAGCUCUUGAUAUUUUUGAGGAAAUCAAGUUGGCGGGGCUUACGCCUGAUAUGGUUACGUAUAAUGCGUUGUUGGAUGUUUAUGGUAAGUCUAGAAGGCCGAAGGAGGCCAUGGAGGUGCUGAAACAGAUGGAGAGUAAUGGUUUUUGUCCUAGCAUUGUUACUUACAACUCGUUGAUAUCGGCUUAUGUUAGGGGUGGUUUGUUGGAGGAAGCGAUGGAGCUUAAAACCCAAAUGGGGGAGAAAGGGAUUCGGCCCGAUGUUUACACCUACACCACCCUUUUGUCUGGGUUUGUGAAUGCUAGAAAACAAGAGUUUGCGAUGGAGGCUUUUGAAGAAAUGAGAGCAGCAGGCUGCAAACCUAAUAUAUGCACCUUUAAUGCACUUAUCAAGAUGUAUGGUGAUCGAGGAAAGUUUGAGGAAAUGCAGAAAGUUUUUAAGGAAAUCAAGGUAUGCAAGUGCUCCCCUGAUAUUGUCACUUGGAAUACGCUUUUGGCAGUAUUUGGACAAAAUGGAUUGAACUCUGAAGUAUCUGGAGUAUUUGAGGAAAUGAAGAGAGCUGGGUUCGUGCCCGAGAGGGACACCUUCAACACUCUAAUAAGCGCGUAUGGCAGGUGUGGUUCAUUUGACCAAGCCAUGGCUGCUUAUAAGAGAAUGCUGGAGGCUGGAGUGGCUCCUGGUCUUUCUACCUACAAUGCUGUUUUAGCAGUGUUGGCUCGAGGAGGGCUUUGGGAACAAUGUGAGAAAGUCCUUGCUGAGAUGAAGGAUGGUGGAUGUAAACCUAAUGAAGUAACAUACUCUUGUUUGCUCCAUGCUUAUGUCAAUGGUAAAGAGGUUGAAAGGAUGAAUGCUCUUGCAGAGGAAAUAUACUCUGGCGCGAUUAAAGCCCAUGCUGUUCUUUUGAAGACACUUGUUCUAGUAAAUAGCAAGGCUUAUCUCCUAGCAGAAACAGAACGAGCAUUUUUGGAGAUUAGGAAGAGGGGAAUAUCAGCGGACAUAACUAUUUUGAAUGCAAUGCUUUCAAUUUAUGGGAAGAAGAAGAUGGUAUCCAAAAUCAAUGAGAUUUUGAGCUUUAUAUACAAGAGUGGAUUGACUGUGAGUUUGGCAACUUAUAAUAGCUUGAUGUAUAUGUACAGCCGCUCCGAAAAUUUCCAGAAAUCAGAACGAAUCUUGAGGGAAAUUUUGGAGAAAGGUGUCGAUCCUGAUAUAGUCUCAUACAAUAUAGUUAUUUAUGCAUAUUGCAGAAAUGGCAUGAUGGAGGAAGCUAAAAGGAUAUUUAAAGAAAUGAAAUAUCCUGCUCCUUUUCCUGAUGUUGUAACUUACAAUACAUUUGUAGCAACUUAUGCUUCUAACUCAAUGUUUGUGGAGGCUAUUGAUGUAGUUCAGUACAUGAUCAAACAAGGAUGUAAGCCAAAUAAGAGUACUUACAACUCCAUAGUUGACUGGUACUGUAAGCUCAAUUUGCGAGAUGAGGCAUUCAAUUUUGUUCAAACCCUUGGCAACCUUGAUCCGCGUGUUUCUGAGGAGGAAAAAAGCAGGUUACUAGAGCGCAUAGCAAAGAAAUGGUCACAAGUUGACUCAUGAAUCUCUGGUGGCUUUAUUGGAAAGCUUCUUGGAUCUCUGGUCACUACCCUUUCAUCCAUGCUUACCCAUGUCGUGUAAAGUUCGGCUAAGGAGGUUGGAAUAACCCCAGUGAAGCUAGAACUGGAUGUUUUAUUCAAAGAAAAAGUCAGCAAAAUAUUUGCUGAGAGAGAUGCAUUGAGGUGUGAUAUUACACAGGAUGGCGGGAAAUUACAAAGAAGGGGAAGGCGUGUAUAGUGAAGUGAAGGGAUAAAAUGAAGGGGAGAAUAAAAAAACACUGUGUAUAGUGAAGGCUCUUGGCGCAUCAGCCUUCACAGCUGUAUGCUCUUGUUUUCUGGAUCACCAUUAAUUGAGGAUUUUUCCUGCAGGCACGAGAGCUGUUUUUCUAAAGUUCUUUUUUUUUUUUUUGGUUAAUUCGAAUUUAUUUAUUUGUUUGUUUGAAGGCAAAAUACGCUAAUUUUGUGGUCUAAGACUAAGGAAAGUUGCCCCCGAUGAGACCCUAGAUAUUUGGUAAACAUUAAUUUCCAAAGUUUUUCUUGACUAGUUUAGUUUAAAGUUAAAAAUAUUAAUUCUUACACUUUUUAGUAAAAAAAAUGUGAUUUAGAUUAAUUCAUAUAUAUUUUAAUGUAAUUAAUAAUUUAACAUUAAUUUAUUAAAAUUAAUUGUACUCGUUUUCAUUUUCCAACGCCGAUUUCCAUACCGGGGAAGAUUGAUAUGGAAGUCGUGAAACAAAAUUCCCAGAUGUUGAAAAAAAAAAAAAGCGUAGUUGAGGCUAGAAGCACAUUGACUAUUGUGCAGAAGAUGACGGUUGACUUCUUUUUCACAAUUAUUUUCAAGAAACCAAAAUUUUAUAUAUUAUUAAGGUUACACCCCCAAUUAUACAAAUAUAAAAAAAGUUGGACACGUUCAUACUUUUAAAUAUGAUUUAACUCAUUUUAGGAAAUAACUAUUAUUAUAUUAACUUUCAGGAAAAAUUAAAAAAGCGAUUAUUUCUUUGAAAUGCAUGCAGAUUAGUUUGUUAAGAAAUACAAAAUUUAACCAUACAUAUCAAGGUAUCUCGCUAUAUCCAUUUUUUGGUCAAAAUUGCCAGUUUAUUCAAGUCAUCGUUAAGGCACCCUCAUUUCCUAAUUUAUUUCAAUUAUUCCAAUUUUGGCGUCAAUCAUGCUUAUCAAUUCUUAUUCAUUUUUUUGAUAAGGAUAACAAAACUGCCAACUCAACGCCCUGUAGGAGGUUGCAGUUUUGACCAUUAUCCCAAAUGGUUAUGCUAAUAAACGAGUUCCAGCAGAAGAAAUGCUAUAUCUUCCAAUAAAAUACUCUUAUUUAUUUCUCUAUUACUUAAAAAAUAAAUGUCUUGAAAAUAUAAAAGCAUUUGAAACAUUUUCAUCUAGUAUUUAGGAGUAUUAGGGAUUUUAAAUUGUUACCUUUUAGCUAGUAAAAUAUCACCAUAACCAUCUGGUUCACCUGGUACUAAUUAUUCAUGACGGACAUUAUUGGGAGACAAAUACCAUGGCUAACCAAUCAAUACAAAUUUUAUUUAUCUUUCCAAAGAAAACAAAAUUGAUAUCA